AAAGAAUUAAUUUUAAUUUUUGUUUUAUUAAUUGGGAACAUUUUUUUUUUUCAUUUAACAAACAUCUAAAGGAUUUGAUUUGAAUACUGGAUUUAUAAAACCAUAUUUUGUGUUUUACUUUCAAUUUUAAAGUGCUCAUAAUGAGGAGCGCUUUACUUCUAGUUGUGCUCUGCGUUAUAGCAGGCACAGAAGCCCAGUACAAAGACGCCGAUGGAUACCACUAUCCCAAACCUGAAAAACCAUUCGAAUUACCACCAAAAUCUACCCCAACUCCAAGAAUUCCAGCUACACCACGUGUGACACCACCACCAAGACCCCCACAAACUCAACCACCUAGAAUACCACAAUCUCCUCCACCACGGCCACCACAGUCUCCACCACCACGGCCACCCCAAUCUCCACCACCACGACCACCACAGUCCCCACCACCAAGGCCUCCACAAUCGCCACCACCACAAAGAGGAACCACUCAAGGAUACAGCUACCCACCACCAUCAGUUCCGUUCACAACUCCUCCUAAACCACAACCACCGCCAACCAAACCCAGAACAGUUCCACCACCACCGCCACCAUCGCCACCAAAACGUCCGCCUCCACCACCAUCACCACCAAAACGGCCACCAUCGCCUCCAGCCACUCCAGCACCUCCAAAAACAACUCAAGGAUACAGUUAUCCACCACCUUCAGUACCAUUCCCCCCAGCUCCAAAGGUGACUCCCAGACCACCUUCUCCACCACGACCACCAGCACCACCACCAGCUAAACGUCCUCCAUCACCGCCAGCAAAACCACCAGCUCCACCACCAGCUAGACCUCCAGCACCACCACCAACAAGACCACCAGCUCCACCACCAACACAAACUAGAACUAAUCCUCCACCAAAACAAACAACCGGCUAUAGCUAUCCACCUCCCAGUGUUCCAUUCACAUUACCUCCUAAGACAAGUGCAAAACCCCCACCACCACCGACAGCAAGACCGCCACCACCAAAAACACCCCCACCUUCAACAUAUUUACCACCAGCUACAAAACCUCCAGCAACUAGACCUCCAGCACCACCACCAACAAAACGCCCUCCAGCUCCACCAACUAGGCCCCCAGCACCACCACAAACAAGACCACCAGCACCACCACCGACUAAACCUGUCGUAAAAACCCCACCGCCAACAUAUUUGCCACCAACCUCAAGACCACCAGCCCCACCUCCAACCAAACGUCCUCCGGCCCCACCCACAAGGCCCCCAGCACCUCCACCAACUGCAAGACCACCACCGCCAAAACCAACUCCUGGUAGAACUAACCCACCACCUAAGCAAACAACGGGUUACAGUUACCCGCCACCAAGUGUUCCAUUUAGUUUACCUCCAAAACCUACUCCAAAACCACCAGCACCACCAACAGCAAGACCGCCACCACCAAAAACAACUCCAAAACCGAUAAUUAAGACACCACCUCCAACGUACUUACCACCUGUAACAAGACCACCAGCACCUCCACCAACCAAACGUCCUGCACCACCACCGACCAGACCGCCACCACCACCAACAAAACCUGCUGUGAAAACACCUCCUCCAACCUAUUUACCGCCAACCAGCCGACCCCCAGCACCUCCACCAACCAAACGUCCUGCACCACCACCAACUGCAAGACCACCUCCACCAAAACCUCCAACUAAACCCCCUGCUCCACCAGUAACCAGACCCCCACCUACACAAAGUAGAACAAAUCCACCUCCAAAACAAACCACUGGUUAUAGUUAUCCAACACCUUCCGUUCCAUUCCCGCCUCCUCCUAAACCAUCCAAUAAGCCUCCUCCACCAACUGCAAGACCUCCUCCACCAAAAACAACAAAACCAGCAGUAAAAACACCUCCUCCAACCUAUUUACCACCAACUACAAGACCUCCAGCACCUCCACAAACUAAACGACCACCUCCACCACCAACAAGGCCACCACCACCACCACCAACCAAACGUCCACCACCACCACCAUCACCCAGACCCCCACCAACAAAACCAGUAAUAAAAACUCCACCUCCAACAUACUUACCACCUGCCACAAAACCACCUGGGCCACCACCAACUAAGAGACCUGCUCCUCCUCCAACCAGGCCACCAGCUCCCCCACCAACUAAACCAGUAGUAAAAACACCACCCCCAACAUAUUUGCCACCUGCCACCAAACCUCCAGCUCCACCAACAACUAAACGGCCACAACCUCCUCCUACAAGACCCCCAGCACCUCCACCAACAAGACCAGCUGUGAAAACCCCUCCACCCACUUAUUUGCCACCAACAACCAAACGGCCAGCACCACCCCCAACAACACGACGACCAGCUCCUCCACCAACCGCUAGACCGCCAGCACCGCCAAAAGCUAGACCACCUCCCCCACCAACAUAUUUACCACCCGCUACCAAACCCCCAGUACCACCACCAACUAAGAGACCAGCACCUCCUCCAACACGACCACCAGCACCUCCACCAACCAGGCCACCAGCUCCACCACCAACCAAACCGGCUGUAAAAACACCACCGCCAACAUAUUUACCGCCCGCCACAAAACCUCCGGCCCCACCAGCAACUAAACGCCCACAACCUCCUCCCACAAGACCCCCAGCACCUCCAACAAAACCAGUUGUAAAAACUCCACCCCCAACAUAUUUACCUCCUACAUCUAGACCACCAGCUCCACCACCAACAAAACGACCAGCACCACCCCCAACAACAAGAAAACCAGCACCACCGCCAACAGCUAGACCGCCACCACCGCCAACUGCUCGACCACCGCCUCCAACGGCGCGUACCACCCCAGGACCUACAUAUUUACCGCCAGUAAAUAAACCACCACCAACCAGCAGACCUCCACCACCACCCCCUCCACCAACAAAACGCCCUCCUCCACCACCUCCACCAACAAAACGCCCACCUCCACCACCAACAAAACCUGCAGUGAAAACUCCACCACCCACUUAUUUGCCACCCACAACUAGACCUCCUGCACCACCACCAACCAAACGUCCACAACCGCCUCCAACAACGAGAAAACCGGCACCUCCACCCACUGCUAGACCACCACCACCGCCAACAGCCAGACCACCUCCUCCACCAACAUAUUUACCGCCAAAAACUACUCCAAGACCAGCACCACCACCAACAAAACCGGUUGUGAAAACUCCUCCACCAACCUAUUUACCACCAACAUCAAGACCUCCACCUCCUCCUCCACCACCAACAAAACGCCCACCUCCACCUCCCACUAACAGACCCCCACCACCAACAAAACCUGUAGUAAAAACUCCACCACCCACUUAUUUGCCACCUACAACAAGGCCUCCUGCACCACCACCAACCAAACGUCCUCAACCACCUCCAACAACGAGAAGACCAGCACCUCCACCCACUGCUAGACCACCACCACCGCCAACAGCCAGACCACCUCCACCACCAACAUAUUUACCCCCAAAAACUACUCCAAGACCAGCACCACCACCAACAAAACCAGUUGUGAAAACUCCUCCACCAACUUACUUACCCCCAACAUCAAGACCUCCUCCUCCUCCACCACCACCAACUGCUAGACCACCACCACCACCUCCUCCUCCAACUAAACGUCCCCCUCCACCACCUCCACCACCAACAACCAGACGUCCACCACCUCCCCCAACAACUAAACCUCCCAGACCUAUUUCAACUCCUGGACCAACCUAUUUACCACCUAUAGCCGGUUAGAUAAAACAUGACAAUUUUAGUUUUCUUCCCGUUUUGUAAUCUAUACUUCUCCUAAUUUUUUUUUUUUGUUUUGGUAAUAAGUUUGUAAAAAUUAUUAUGUACAUAAUGUAUAUGUAAAAAUGUAAAAAAAAAACUGUAAAAAGUGUAAUGUUAGAGCUAGUCAUUUCAAUAAAAUGAAAAUCAAUUUUAGUUUCCUUAGGUUAAAAAAAACUAUGCAAGAAAAAAACAUAACGGGCAAAACGCAUUCAACUUAUUGAUGACAAAAUUUAUAGCUUAAGUCUAUUGCCCAUUACAUGUCAUUUUUUUCCUGUAUAAAUAAUUUUUUUUGUAAUUAUGUAUAAAAAAGUGUAAAAAUAAUUGUAAAGAAAAAUCAUAAAUUGUAAAUACAUACAUACAUACUUCGAUAAGUAAUAUUCGAUUUACAUAUUACGCAAGUAUAACUUUUGUUACAAUUAUGUUAUAAUGGUAACAUUGAUAACAAGAAAAUUAUAUUUUUUUAAAUGUUAACUUAGUUUUCAAGUACUGAAAUUCUUAAUGAAUUUUUUUAUACUGUGCUGUUUUUUAUUAUACUUUUUAAACUUGUAAAAGUUUUAUUUAUUUUU